UUUUCGAAUAAUCAGAGCUAUAAAGAGAGGGAUUUGGAGUAAACAAAAACCUGAGUCUAAUUUUAGUUUCUUUCUUCAGAGAGCUCAGAGAGAGAGAUACAAACAACAAUGGCGGUUUAUGUAAGAGCGAAAAGAGUUACAGAUCCAUUAAACGAUAAAGUGAAAGCUAGUAUUUGUGGUCAUCAUGAUGUGAAAAGUUAUGUUAGUAGCAGCGGAAGUGAACAUGAUUCUGAUCAUCAUCACGAUUCUUCUACUUCUUCGUGUAGUCUUUCUGAUCUCAUUCAUGGAUUCUUAGAAAGUGAUGAUGAUGAUAAAGGAAGAGAUAAGAACGUCGAGAAUGAUCAUGAAGAGUGUAGUAGUGAUUCAGAGAAGAGGAUGAUUGAUAGUAAUAAUUCUGUUUCUCUAAAUGAAUCGAUUGGUAUGCUGAGAGAUCUGUUGAAUCCAAGAGUGAGAUUUGAUUCAGGUUUUCGAUUAUUGUUACAAUCUCAAGUAACGAAAGCGAUUACAUUAUAUUCAUCGUCAUUAAGUUCUGACAAAGGUGUCUUAAGAAGACGUGUUAUGAGUUAUCUUCGUGAAAAUGGAUAUAAUGCUGGGAUUUGUAAAACAAAAUGGGAAAGUUGUGGUGGAUUAACCGGAGGUAAUUAUGAAUUUAUUGACGUAAUUAAACCAGCAUCAUUAUCAUGUUCAUCGGAGAUCAGGUACUUUAUUGAUAUUGAUUUUAUUGGAGAGUUUGAAAUCGCAAGACCAACUUCACAGUAUGAGAAAUUAGUACAAAUUUUACCAAGAGUUUAUAUUGGAAGAUCUGAAGAACUUAAACAAAUUAUUAAAUUAGUGUCUGAAGCUGCUAAAAAAUCUUUGAAGAUCAAUCAACUUUUGUUAUCUCCAUGGAGGAAGAAUCGUUUUAUGCAAAUGAAAUGGUUUGGUCCGUAUAAAAGAACUCUGAAUCAAGUCUCAUCUUCUUCAUCUUCAUCAGCAUCACCAACGGCGUCGAAUAUUCAGUUAGGGUUUCAUCAAAAGAUCAAUUUUGCUCCGAUCAAAUGUCAGUCAUCUUCUUCAAUGAGAUUUAACGUUGAUCGUAACAGUUCGAGUAUUAUUAACGGAAUUUGUAACGGUGGCCGUUUAAAUAAGAUUCCUGUGGCUACUCGUAUUAGAUAGAGGUGUUUGAUUGUUAAUGAUGAUGACCCCUGAUAUGGAAAAAAUAGUAAAACCUAAAAUGGAAAAAGAAAUUUAUUAAUAUUAAAUUACAAAUUUGAUUUUACAUUUAAUUAAUUUAAUUAUUGUUUUUUUUCGACGUGUAGUGGUUGUAAUAAUAAAAAUGUGUGCAGUGUAUAUGCGGCGCACGAGAUUGUUGUAUGUGGCGCAAGUUAGUGUUAUUUGUUGCAGUGAUGAUAAUGGAUAAGGUUCUAAGUGUCA